AUGGUGAGAUUGGACGAGGAAAUAGAGGCUAACCCAGAGCUUUACGGUCUCAGGCGGUCCAACAGAGAGAGAAGAGCCGUUGACAUCGCAGAGGAAAGCGAUGAUGAUGAGUUGGUGGUGCGCAAACGUAAAACUACUUACGAAGAAUACGAGGAUGAGUCGGAAGAAGACGAGCUGGACGAUUUCGACGAUGACGACUUUGGCGCCAGCAAGAAACAGAAGCUGAAUGCCAAGCGACCCAAACCUACCAGUAGAAGACUGGGUAAGACGUCUGGUGGGCGCAGCAAGACGGCGUCGGCGAAAUCGACUCCGACACCUUCCGAAAUUCGGUUUCUGACCAGAAACAACGGAACCGUGAACUACGCGGUCGAUUAUGAUGAUGAUGAUGCAGACUUGAUGGAAAGUGACGAGGAGGAGAACAAUGACUACUACUACUACGAGCAGGCCAUGCAAGAGGAGCCUACCAAGGGUAUUGACUUGGUGUUGGACCAUAAACUCAACGAAGAGAAUGCGGCCAUCACCAAUGAGCCCAAGUUGGACUACUUGUUCAAGGUCAAGUGGACUGGACUGUCUCACUUGCACAAUACGUGGGAGUCGUACCUGACGCUUAAGGAGUUCAAGGGUUUCCGUAGAGUGGAUAACUACAUCAAGCAGUACAUCUUGUUGGACCAGGAGAUCAGAAACGACCCCAUGACCACCAAGGAGGAUAUCGAGGCCAUGGACAUUGAAAGGGAGAGGAAACGCGAUGAACAGGACGAGUUCACCCACGUUGAGAGAAUCGUGGACAGCGACAGAGUUGAACUUGAUGAUGGAACGUCCCAGCUACAGUAUUUGGUCAAGUGGAAGCGACUCUAUUACGAUGAGUGUUCGUGGGAGAAUGCGGCCGUGAUUGCCGAGCUUUCACCAGAACUGGUCACCAAAUAUCAGCAGCGACUCCAGCUGAAGAUUCUUCCGAAUUUGUCUGCCAACUAUCCAAUCAACCAAAGACCGCGGUUCGAGAAAUUGAAUAAACAGCCGCUAUUCAUCAAGAAUGGAGAGUUGCGUGAUUUCCAGUUGACCGGUUUGAACUGGAUGGCGUUCCUAUGGUCCAGAAAUGAGAACGGUAUUCUUGCCGAUGAGAUGGGUUUGGGUAAAACUGUCCAGACCAUCGCGUUCUUGUCGUGGUUGAUUUAUGCCAGACGUCAGAACGGUCCUCACUUAGUGGUUGUGCCUUUGAGUACCGUUCCAGCAUGGCAGGAGACGUUUGAGAAGUGGGCUCCUGAUGUGAAUUGCAUCUACUAUUUGGGUAACACCGAGGCCAGACGCAAGAUCAGAGAGUUCGAGCUCUACAACUCCAACAACAAGCCUAAGUUCAACGUUCUCUUGACCACUUACGAGUAUAUCUUGAAAGACAGAGCCGAGCUUGGCUCAUUCAAGUGGCAAUUCCUUGCAGUGGACGAAGCCCACAGAUUGAAGAAUGCCGAGUCCUCAUUAUAUGAGUCCUUGAAGCUGUUUAAGGUUGCCAAUAGACUUUUAAUCACAGGUACACCAUUGCAGAAUAAUAUUAAGGAGUUGGCUGCAUUGUGUGACUUUUUGAUGCCUGGCAAGUUCAACAUUGAUCAGGAAAUCAAUUUCGAUGUUCCGGAUGAUGCUCAAGAAGAUUAUAUCAAGCACUUGCAGCUGAGUAUUAAGCCUUUCAUUUUGAGAAGAUUGAAGAAAGAUGUGGAGAAAUCGCUUCCUUCAAAGACAGAGCGUAUUUUAAGAGUGGAGUUGUCUGAUAUACAAACUGAGUACUACAGAAACAUUAUCACCAAGAACUAUGCAGCGUUGAAUGCUGGUGUCAAAGGUUCUCAGAUAUCAUUGUUGAAUGUUAUGAGUGAGUUGAAGAAAGCUUCAAAUCAUCCUUACUUGUUCGACGGUGCUGAAGAACGGGUAUUGGCCAAGGCUGGUUCGACAUCAAGAGACAAUAUCUUGAAGGGUAUAAUCAUGUCCUCUGGUAAAAUGGUGCUUCUUGAACAGCUCUUAACACGUUUGAAGAAGGAAGGUCAUCGUGUGUUGAUUUUCUCCCAAAUGGUGAGAAUCUUGGACAUUCUUGGUGAUUAUCUCUCGAUUAAGGGCUACCAAUUCCAGAGAUUGGACGGUGGUGUGCCUUCUGCGCAAAGAAAGAUUUCUAUCGACCACUUUAACUCCCCAGACUCCAGAGACUUUGUCUUCUUGCUUUCCACAAGAGCUGGUGGUUUGGGUAUCAAUUUGAUGACUGCUGAUACUGUUAUCAUUUUUGAUUCCGAUUGGAACCCGCAGGCUGAUUUGCAAGCCAUGGCAAGAGCUCAUAGAAUUGGACAAAAGAAGCACGUUUCCGUAUACCGUUUCGUCAGUAAGGACACCGUUGAAGAAGAGAUUUUGGAGCGUGCAAGAAAAAAGAUGAUUUUGGAGUAUGCCAUUAUCUCCUUGGGCAUGGCAGACGCCAGCACGAAUAAGAAAAAUAAGAAUGAGCCUUCCACAAGUGAGUUGUCCCAAAUCUUGAAGUUUGGUGCUGCUAAUAUGUUUGCCGCCACGGACAAUCAAAAGAAGUUGGAGGAAUUGAAUUUAGAUGAUGUCUUGAGCCGUGCUGAAGAUCACGUCACAACCCCUGAAUUAGGAGAGUCAAAUCUUGGUUCGGAAGAGUUCUUGAAACAGUUCGAAGUUACAGACUACAAGGCUGACGUGGAAUGGGAUGAUAUCAUUCCGCAGGAAGAAUUGAGUAAGUUAAAGGAUGAGGAGAAGAAACGUGCCGAAGAAGAUUACUUGAAUGAGCAGAUCGCGAUGUACUCCAGAAGACGUGCUGCUGUCAAGCAACUCCAAGGUGGAACUCCAGACACAUCUGGCGUGGAGGAUGAAGACGACGAAGAAGGUGGAAGAAGACGUGCAGCAAGAAAGAAGGUUGAAGAGAACCACGAGUUAUCUGAGAAGGAGAUCAGAGGCAUUUACAGGGCCAUUUUGAGAGUUGGUGACUUAUCUGGCAAGUGGAGUCAACUCGUGGAAGAUGGUAGCAUUUCCAACAAGAAUCCUGUAUUGAUUAAGCAUGCUUACAACGAAAUCAUCAACAUUUCUAAGAAGUUGGUCAGAGAAGAGGAAGCUAGAAGAGCUGAAGCUCUCGCUGAGUUGGAGAGGAAAGCAAAGGAUCAGAAUGGAAAUGUGAUUGCCAAUGAUGGUGAGAGCCCUAUGGCCCUAUGGAUUGCUAAGAAGAAAGAAAAGAAAGCUGUGCUUUUUGAGUAUCAAGGAGUCAAGAACAUCAAUGCCGAAUUGGUACUCUCUCGUCCACCUGAUAUGAAGUUACUUCAGUCGAUGAUCCCAGAAGAUAAGCCAACUUCAUUUGAGCUUCCAAGACCUCCUAAGCAGGUUCAAAGUUGGAACUGUGAAUGGGAUUCCAAAGAUGAUGCCAUGCUUCUAGUCGGUGUUCACAAGUUUGGAUACGGGUCGUGGAUUCAGAUUAGAGAUGACCCGUUGCUUGGUUUGCAGAACAAACUUUAUCUUGAUGGAGCUUCUAAAGUAACAGAUAAGAAGGCUGCCCCUGAAGGUGACUCCAAGGAGAAGGAAGUUAGUAAAGCGUCCAACAAAAAGGUUCCAGGAGCUGUUCAUUUGGGAAGAAGAGUAGAUUAUUUGUUCACUCUUUUGAGAGGCGAGGAAGACACCAGCACCCCAAGUGGGACAUCAAAUGGAACAGCCAAAAAGAGAGUGAGAAAGAUUAAGGCUGAACCAGGUGCCGCGAAGGUAAAGAAGAAUGGAAAAUCCCAAUCGCCAGAGGUGCAUGCGAAGAAGCCUAAAAUAAAGAAGGGAUCGAAUGUCAAUUCGCCAAAAUUGGACCAACCAUUGAAAAUCAAGGAAGAGGCCAAUGAUGACAAUAAUGACGAAGGGGAUUUCUUGGAGUAUGCUAGUAUGGAUGAGGGCGACUGCAAGAAGUCGUUAGAUCCCGUUAAAAAGUCGUUGAUGAGGUUGAGGAAAGGAAGCAAGGGCUUGAGUAAGCAUGAGUGGGCAACACUUUUGAGAAGUGAGCUUUUGACUGUUGGAGAUUACAUUGAGAAGUUGCAAAAAGAAAAAGACCAACCCAAAUAUUCGAAGCACUUGUGGUCUUACGCAAGUCUUUACUGGCCAGCUAAGGUUCCUAGUGCAAAGAUUACGGCCAUGUACAAUAGGAUUAAGUCUCAAGCAAACCCAACCUAG